ACGCAGCAUCUUAGCAUAAUAAUAGCAGCAGCAUCGAACGAACAAACAACAAUGCUCUCUUCAACCCUCCUUCACAAUCCACCACUCUAGCCACCCCUCUUCCGCUUCCCCUAUCAUUGUGGGUGGGAGAAGUAACCUCCCCUUCUUUCUCUGAACUCCAUCACCCUAGUGAAGGUUAUAAAAAUGGACAGAUCUACUGGCCGUAGUGGUGGUGGAAGCGUAGACAUGUUUCUACCAAAUUAUAAGUUGGGAAAAACACUUGGCAUUGGAUCCUUUGGCAAGGUGAAAAUUGCAGAGCAUGUGCUGACUGGUCAUAAAGUUGCCAUAAAGAUUCUUAACCGCCACAAGAUAAAAAACAUGGAAAUGGAAGAAAAAGUGAGAAGAGAAAUCAAAAUUUUGAGAUUGUUUAUGCAUCAUCACAUUAUACGACUUUAUGAGGUUGUAGAAACCCCAACAGACAUAUAUGUUGUUAUGGAGUAUGUGAAAUCUGGAGAGCUCUUUGAUUACAUAGUAGAGAAGGGUAGGCUGCAAGAGGAUGAAGCCCGCCAUUUUUUUCAGCAGAUAAUCUCUGGUGUGGAGUACUGUCACAGGAAUAUGGUGGUUCAUAGGGACCUGAAGCCUGAGAAUUUACUUUUGGACUCAAAAUUUAAUAUCAAAAUUGCUGAUUUUGGCUUGAGCAACAUCAUGCGUGAUGGUCACUUUCUCAAGACAAGUUGUGGAAGCCCUAACUAUGCAGCUCCAGAGGUUAUCUCUGGGAAAUUGUAUGCUGGACCUGAAGUAGAUGUUUGGAGCUGUGGUGUAAUUUUAUAUGCUCUUCUCUGUGGCACUCUUCCUUUUGAUGAUGAAAACAUUCCCAAUCUCUUCAAAAAAAUAAAGGGUGGGAUAUACACUCUCCCUAGUCAUCUAUCACCUGGUGCUAGAGAUUUGAUACCAAGGAUGCUUGUUGUGGAUCCCAUGAAGAGGAUGACCAUACCUGAGAUACGUCAACACCCAUGGUUUCAAGUUCGUCUGCCGCGUUACUUAGCAGUGCCACCACCAGAUACUCUGCAACAAGCCAAAAAGAUUGAUGAGGAGAUUCUUCAAGAAGUGGUUAAUAUGGGAUUUGACAGGAAUCAAUUGGUUGAAUCUCUUCGCAACAGGAUACAAAAUGAGGGUACUGUAACAUACUAUUUGUUACUGGACAACCGGUUUCGUGUUUCUACUGGUUAUCUUGGAGCUGAAUUUCAAGAGACAAUGGAUUCUGGUUUCAACCAUAUGCAUUCCAACGAAGUUGCUUCUCCAAUUGUUGGACACCACAGUACAGGAUAUAUGGAUUAUCAAGGAGUAGGAAUGCGGCAGCAGUUCCCUGUUGAGAGAAAAUGGGCCCUUGGGCUACAGUCUCGAGCCCAACCGCGUGAAAUAAUGACUGAGGUCCUUAAAGCUCUUCAAGGAUUAAAUGUUUGCUGGAAGAAGAUUGGACAUUAUAACAUGAAAUGCAGAUGGGUUGCUAGCAUUCCUGGUCAUCAUGAAAUGGUUAACUAUUCUUUGGACUGUAAUCGUUUCUUUGAAACUGAUACCAGAUUUAUUGAAAAUGAAGUUGUUUCUAAGUCAAGUGUGGUCAAGUUUGAAGUGCAGCUUUACAAAACUCGUGAGGAGAAGUAUCUGCUUGAUCUUCAAAGGGUCCAGGGUCCGCAGUUUCUGUUCUUGGAUCUCUGUGCUGCUUUCCUUUCACAGCUUCGUGUUCUCUAGUGUAAAGCUCACAAGUCAAAAUGGAGAACGGAGGUGUCUUGUGUUGCUGCAUGUGAAUAAGCUUACAUUGUACAUAUCAGUGCCCUUUCAGUAUGGGUUCAUCUAUCUGUUUGAACUUUUUAGCGUACCCCAGUUUUUAUGGGUGAUCAUGAUUGAGGCAAUCUAAAUAUGGCACUUGCUUCCUUAAUCAUGGGAUCUGACUAGGUCCGACUUUUUAACAGUGAAUUGAAUUUUCUCAAUCCCAUGAAAUCCCUGGGAAUUUUCUCCAGCAGACAUCCAUUUAUGGUAUUGAACUUAGUGUUGUAAUUGACUGCUUAUGUCUGUCACUUGGAAGCCGAGGGGUUGUUUGCGUAGGCUGCUGCAUCGAACAUGAGCUUGCAGAUUAGCAUUUUCUCCCCGCUUCUCUUAUGGUGCAUGUUAUUUAAGGGUCAGUUUAUGUAUUUUAGAAUCCAUGUAAACUGAGUUAGUAUUUUCUUCGAGCAGACUUAAUGAUUUAUGGUUAAUCAAGCUACUUCAUCCA